AUUGGUUUGAAAAUAUCUGAUGUGGGGGCUUUGCCCAGCCUGUCCAGACAGAGUUAUUUUGAUGUUUUAAGGCAUAACGGCUUUUUUCAAAGCUUCCGUAUCACACAGUUCAGAGUUCUAUUUUGUGGUCAACAUGAAUUAUUCUUUGGGGAUUCUUCUCUGUGUGGGACUUUUGCACCAAACUGCAUGGGCUGUCUUCAUGGAUAAAUUGGCAGACAAGAAGAUCUGUGGUGAUGCAGAAUGUUCAUACGUUCUUAGCAUGGCCACAGCUUUAGAUGACUUCAUAGCUCCUGACUGUAGGUUCGUCAACAUCAAGAAGGGGCAGAUGGUCUAUGUGUAUUCUAAGCUCAUACCAGCAGAGGGCAGUGGAGUCUUCUGGUCUGGAAGUGUGUACAGCGACCGCUAUGUGGACCAGAUGGGCAGAAUCGGAUAUUUCCCUGCAACAAUUGUUAAGGAGACAAAUAAAUUUGCUGACAACACAAUGUCCAUGCAAACAACUGACAUGGACUUCUAUUGUGAAUAAGGCAAUGCGGACAAAGUGGAACGUCUUUGUUUGAUUAAAAAUGACUUUUUUUUUGAGAGUAGUACAUGCGUCAUUAUACCCUGCAGUUUAGAUUAUAACUUGCCGUAGAUCACUCUAAAACAGCACUAGAGGAUGUCUGCUGCUUCCUUUGCCUGUUAAAAGUGUGAUGUUAGGGUGAUAAUUGCACCAAGUUGUCAUGUUAAAUGUCCAAAGCAAAUUACAAAAGCUUCCAAAGGCUGAUAGAGACAGCAGAGAGCAGAAACUGAGCUACUGCAUGAGGAUGAAGCAUAAUCACUGGCUCACAGGCAGGCUGCUGCACAUUAUGACGGAGAUAAUUAGUGGCAACCAAGACCAGGUACAAUGACAGAAGAAACAGAUAAAAUGACUUUCAAAAUGAAAAGCAAAAGAACUGACAUAUGAUGAGGAAAAUAUUAAAAUAAGAUUAGGAUUUUUAUUUCUUCAAGAUAUGAGGGUUGGCAAAUCCUGUGACCACAAAACUGAGAGAACUCAAAUGUAACAAAGAGUAGAAAUGAAGGCAUGCAAAGUCUAGUUUCUAUUAAAUAUUUUUUUUAUAUUCUUUAAAUGAUACAUAUGUUUUUUUAACCUAUAAACUCCUCAAUUUGAAAUAAAAAGGAUGUAGUUUUCAUUGCAGACACUGAAUUUGGGUGAUUGUCAUUAACAUGAAAAAAAAAACAGAUGCAAGAAUCUGCUUUCUUCACCCCACAGUCAUUUCUCCACAUUUCCCAAUUUUAACAACAUAUACAUUUAAUGAAAAAAAAGCAUCCAUUGCUGCCCAAACAAAAAAUAAAGUAUUAAAAAAAAAAUCUGUCUUCUAUUAUUAAAACAUUUUUCUGGUCAUUGAAAGAACCAUUAUUUAAAAUAUUCUAAUUCUAACAUACAUAAGGAACACUCCUGUAAUAUUGCAGCAAAGAAUUUAUAUUCUUAUCCUUAGUGAUUUGCUUCAGCUUUCAUGUCAGUGCACCUUCUUUUCUAAGUAACAGUUUCAGGAAACAGUGGAAUACCAAUCAAAAUGCAGGAUGCCAGGAAUGGUGGUAGAAACGUAGACAUUUAAAUAUAAAUAAACUUGCACAAGCCAAAAACCCAUAGAGAAAUCAACAAAGGUGACACCAGAACAGAGCAAAUGACCUGAAAAAACCAGAGACUUAAAAAGACCGAUGGUAAUUGACAGAAAUGAAAACAGCUGUGGAUGAUCAACAUGAACCUGGAGUGACUGGUAUAGGUGAAAAACCCAACUACUUUAAUUCUGGACUAUAGAGCGCACCUCUAUAAGAUGCAUCCGCUCUUUCAGAACAGUCCCUUUUAACACGGCAGCAACUUUGCUGAUUAAAAUGGAACAGAACCGGUAUUUAUUUACCUUCCUUUCUCCUGUGUUGGAAACCACAAGUCACUUUAAUUACAAGUUAGUAAUUUGUCGUGCAUGUUCUAUCUGCUAAAGAAAUAAAGGAGCAUAGUUUAUUCUUCUUUGCCUUGAUAUUUCGUCUGUCUUAGUUUUGAUUCCAAUUCGACAGAGCGCCUCCAGGAGUGGAACAAAAAUCCACUUAUAAGCCGCAUGGUUUAAAACCUAGGAAAAAGUAACGGCUUACAGUCCAGAAAAUAGUCAACAAUUUUAAUGCUUUCAUGUCACCGUUUCAAACUCGUGCUUGCACAUGUAUUACAACAAACUCAGAGAUGGCCUUUCUGUUUUUAUAAUCAUUUUCUGAAGUUAAAAUCAAGUUUUAUAGGGCUGCACAGUUUUAUAGGUGUUUCUUUGAAGUAUUUCUGCUUUACACCCAAUAAAAAAACAAAAGUAUUACCUUGAAUUUUAGUUUAUGAUAUUUCGACUGUCUUAUAUGUACCGUUUCCAGCAUAAUCCACUCACUUACUCCCCCCCCCCCCCUCACCCCACAACUACAACUAAUGAUUAAACCGUGUCUGUCAGUCAUUUCAGUCUCUUUGUAAACCCUGAUUAAAGUCUGUUUGUGAUUA